AUGCCAGGGUAUGUGACAAUGGUGGGAAUGGGGGCAGUACUAAUACUGUUUGUGCUGUGGAUGGUACUGGUCUAUCACUCUAGACGGACACACAGACAGACAGACCACAAGCUAUUUUCUCAGUCAAAAGCUGUUGGCUCUGGACUCCUGUUCUCUCUCCGCCAGUUUUUCUCCCGCUUUCUCUCCCCCUCACUCCCUGGCCCCCCGUCGCUCCCUUUCCUGGGAAACAUGUUGGAACUCACACGAGACCACCUCCCUAAUCACCUGACUUCCCUGGCUCACCGUUAUGGCAGCAUCUACAGGCUCAGCUGCGGCAACACCACCAUAGUGGUGCUGAGCAGUGCAGAGACGAUCCGAGAGGCGCUAGUGAAGAAGUGGUCAGACUUCGCCGGGAGACCGCACUCCUACACUGGUGAUAUUGUGUCAGGUGGCGGGUGCUCCAUCUCUCUGGGUGACUACAGUGAAGAGUGGCGCACACAUCGACGCCUGGCCCACAGUGCUUUGCAGCGCUGCUGUGCACAGUCUCUGCAUCGUGUCAUCGAGAGGCAGGCUCUCAGCCUCAGGCAGGUUCUGCUGGGCUACAAUGAGACCCCUGUGGAUCUGUCAGAGGACUUCACUGUCGCUGCCAGUAAUGUCAUCACUACUCUGGUUUUUGGAAAAGAGUAUCAGAAGACCUCUGCUGAGCUACAGCGUCUGCAUGGCUGCUUGAAUGAGAUUGUGUCUCUGUGGGGCUCUCCCUGGAUCUCUGCCUUGGACUCCUUUCCACUGCUCAGGAAAUUGCCCAACCCCCCUUUCUCCCGUUUACUGAAAGAGGUGGCCAGGAGAGAUGACAUCAUUAGAUCACAUCUGCAAGAAUAUAAGGUGCAGUGUCAUACUGAAGGAACAGGGGGCGCCAUAACGGCCUCCCUCCUCCAGAGUCUGGACCAGCCACUAGGGGUGACAGAGAAAGUGGCACUGACAGAAACUCAUGUUCACAUGGCUACAGUGGACCUGCUCAUUGGCGGUACAGAGACCACUGCUGCCUGGCUGUGCUGGACUGUGGCCUUCCUGCUACACAGACCUGAAGUACAGAGCAGAGUGUACACUGAACUGUGUACAGUGCUGGACACACGAUACCCACAGUACAGUGACAGACUCAGGCUGCCGUGUCUAUCUGCCCUGAUCAGCGAAGUGCUUCGACUCAGACCUGUGGCUCCACUUGCAGUUCCUCACCGUGCCACUAGAGACAGCAGUAUUGCAGGUUAUUUUAUACCGAAAGACACCAUUGUUAUCCCCAAUCUGUAUGGCGCUCAUCACGACCCAGCAGUUUGGACCGACCCCAACACUUUCAAACCAGAACGUUUUUUGGAUGGAGGAAUGGCUUCCACUCGUACUCUACUGCCAUUUGGAGGCGGAGCUCGACUGUGCCUUGGGGAGUCCAUUGCCAAAAUGGAGCUCUUCCUGUUCACUGCCUACCUGCUGCGUGACUUUCAGUUCCUUCCCCCUGGAAAGGAUUCCUUGCCUGACCUGACAGGGAUAGCCAGUGUGGUGCUCAAAGCCAAGCCAUUUCAAGUCAUAGUGCGUCCACGACCUUGA